AUGUCUAUCCUAAAGCUGGUCGAAGAUCGGCCAACCCCAAAGGCAGUCUACAACUGGAAAGUCUACCUCCUGGCAGCAGUAGCCUCAUGCACAUCAUGCAUGAUCGGCUACGACAGUGCCUUCAUCGGCACAACCCUCGCCCUUGAGUCGUUCAAGACCGAGUUCGCUUUUGAAAGCAUGUCCAAGGCUACCCAGAAUCUCAUCAGUGCCAAUAUCGUUUCCUGCUACCAGGCCGGUGCCUUCUUCGGCGCGUUUCUCGCGUACCCGAUCGGACACUUCUGGGGCCGCAGGAUCGGUUUGUUGUGUGCUGGUUUGAUUUUCAUUCUUGGUGCUGGUCUUAUGCUUGGUGUCAAUGGUGAUCGUGGUCUUGGUCUGCUUUAUGCGGGUCGUGUCCUUGCUGGUCUGGGUGUCGGAGCUGGCUCUAACAUCACUCCUAUCUAUAUUUCUGAAUUAGCACCGCCUGCUAUUCGUGGUAGAUUGGUUGGUGUUUAUGAGCUCGGUUGGCAAGUUGGUGGUCUUGUUGGUUUCUGGAUUAACUUCGGUGUCUCCGAAACUUUGGCUCCUUCUCAUAAGCAGUGGAUCAUCCCCUUCGCUGUUCAACUGAUCCCUGCUGGUCUGCUUAUCAUUGGUGCUGUCUUUAUCCGCGAGUCGCCCCGAUGGCUAUUUGGUCGUGGUCGCCGUGAGGAGGCUAUUAAGAACCUCUGCUGGGUGCGCCAGUUGCCUGCUGAUGACAUCUACAUGAUCGAGGAAAUUGGUGCCAUUGACCAGGCCCUAGAGGAGCAGCGCCGCAGCAUCGGUAUCGGUUUCUGGAAGCCUUUCAAGGCUGCUGGAACUAACAAGAAGGUCAUGUGGCGCCUGUUCCUCGGAAGCGCUCUCUUCUUCUGGCAGAAUGGCUCUGGCAUCAACGCCAUCAAUUACUACAGUCCAACAGUUUUCAAGUCGAUCGGUGUCCGUGGUACCAACACCAGUCUCUUCACCACCGGUAUCUUCGGUGUUGUCAAGACUGUCGUCACCUUUAUCUGGCUCCUCUGGCUGAUCGACCACGUCGGUCGCCGAAACCUCCUCCUCGUCGGUGCCGCAGGUGGUUCCGUCUGUCUCUGGAUCGUCGGUGCCUACAUCAAGAUCGCCAAGCCAGAGGAAAACGCCAGCGAUACUCUCAGCGGCGGCGGUAUCGCAGCCAUGUUCUUCUUCUACCUGUGGACAGUUUUCUACACCCCCACCUGGAACGGAACCCCCUGGGUCCUCAACUCUGAAAUGUUCGACCCCAACAUGCGUUCCCUCGCUCAAGCCUGCGCUGCCGCCUCAAACUGGUUGUGGAACUUCCUCAUCUCGCGCUUCACCCCGCAGAUGUUCACAGCCAUGGGAUAUGGCGUGUACUUCUUCUUCGCGUCGCUGAUGAUGUGUUCCAUCGUCUUUGUGUACUUCCUCGUCCCUGAGACAAAGGGUAUUCCCCUUGAGAGCAUGGACCAGCUCUUCGAUAUCAAGCCUGUCUGGCGCGCACACGGACAAAUGAUUGCUCAACUUCGUGAUGACGAAGCUCGCUUCCGUCACGAUGUUGAGGAGUCCGGUAUCUCUGUUGGCAAGAUUGCCGAUGAGCAGGUUGAGCAUGCUUCGGUUGAGGCGACUCAGGCAAAGUUUGCUUGA